AAGGUGGAUGGAUGCGAUGGUUGAGCUGUGUGUGAGUUGGCUGGAAAUAGCGUAAAGUCGUUCCUUCAAUUUGUAAGGAAUUCAUUCCACCAUUGUUUAUCUUUCUUUCUUUCUUUCUUUCUUCCAUUCCACCGAUUCUCCUUCUGAAGCAACAACCAACCAACCAACCAUGGCGGACAAUGGUAGACCGUUGCCGAAGUUUGGGGAAUGGGAUGUGAAUGACCCUGCAUCUGCUGAGGGAUUCACAGUUAUCUUCAACAAAGCCAGGAAUGAGAGGAAGACUGGUACACCUAAGGCUGCUCAUUCACCACCCAAUGAUAAUCAAAAUCCCAAAUACAGCAGCAAGAAGAAGAAUCAAGUCGUUCUUGGAAAACCCCAAUCUAAAAAAUGGUUUUGCUGCAUACACACAUCUGCAGAAUCAUGAGGAGGCUAUUCAACUCAUGAUAGUUCUGAAAGUGUAAUAUAGCUUAUCAUCCACCUGGCCACAACAUAAUUCCGGAAGUCUGGAGCUUCAUUAGCUAUGAUGGGUCCUGCUGGAAUCUUUUGUCAUAUAUGCAACUUGGGGUGAAAAAUUAUUAGGAAAAAAUUAUCGCGUGAUAUUUAUCUUCUGUGGAGAAUAAUUACCGGGAUUUUCUUUUGUUAAGUACUUGAUCGAGUCACUUCAUUCACUCACAACUUUUUGGAUUCAAGCUUUCUACUGAUGCGUAUUCUCUGUUUUGUUUUGAUAUUUUGGGGUGUAACGAUAUACUUAUUCAUUCAACCAUUCUAUUUAUAUCUUA